AUGUAUAAGCGCGCUUCCCGCGUUACCGUUACACUUCUUCACACCAUUCAUCGCCUCCUGCAUGACAUUAAUUACUUCCUCUGGAAGCUUCGCGAGAUCCUCCUCCGUGAAAUCCGUCGGAAAUCCAAGAUCCUCCGCGUUGGCAAGCUUCAUGUCAAAAUCGGCCAGCUUCUUCCAGAUUUCGGUGGCAAUGGGAUACAUCUUGGAGAUGAAGCCGAGCAAAACAUGUUCUUUCUCUUCGAAAGGAAUUUCCUUCAGGGUCUCCGCGUGGGGGAUGAAACCCUGCAACAUGCUGACCGCGAGUGCAAGGUCGUACUUUUCCUUGUCGUUCAUCUCCUUAUGGAGUAG